GUGUUCAAGGCAUGUAAAGAUGUCUUCAUCUAAAACCUUGAGCUUUAAAGUUACUAAAAGAAAUCCAGAGCUUGUCUCUCCGGCGGAACCCAUACCAUAUGAAUUCAAAUAUCUGUCUGACUUAGACGAUCAGAUUGGGUUUCGAAGAUACCUUCCAAUGAUAAAUUUCUACCAAAAGAAUCCCUCCAUGAAAGGGAAAGAUCCUGUGAAAACUAUACGUGAUGCAGUUGCCAAAGCCUUGGUCUUUUAUUAUCCAUGGGCAGGGCGAUUGAGGGAAUACGUUGGUCAGAAGCUAGCGGUGGAGUGCACCGGCCAGGGAGUGGUGUUCGUCGAGGCCGAUGCGGAUGUGAUGUUGCACCAGUUUGGAGAUACUCUUUAUCCACCCUUCCCCAACUUGGAACACCUUUUUCCUCAUAUGCCAAACAACAACCAAAUAAUCAAUUCUCCUCUCAUGCUUAUUCAGGUUACGCGUCUAAAAUGUGGCGGAUUUAUCUUUGCUUAUCUCUUCAAUCACACAAUGUGCGACGCCGCCGGCCUUUUCCAAUUUCUCUCUGCCGUCGGCGAACUUGCUCGCGGCGCGGCAGUUCCUUCUAUCAUGCCGGUGUGGGAAAGGCAUCUCCUCUCCGCUCGUCAGCCACCGCGCGUGUCGUUUCCCCACCGUGAAUUUGAUGAUGAUGUCGCAAGUGGCGAAACCCCCAUCCCGGUUGAAGAAAUGGUGGAGCGCUCCUUCUUCUUUAGCGCCGCCGACAUCUCGAGCCUCCGCCGCAGCCUACCGCCACAUCUCCAGAGCUGCACCAGAUUCGAAAUCGUGGCAGGUUGCGCCUGGCGCUGCCGGACAAUCGCUCUCUCUCCCAAACCUGAUGAAGAGGUUAGGUUCUCAUGCGUUGUGAAUUUGCGGAAGCGAAUGAAGCCUCCGCUUCCAGUGGGAUACUACGGCAACGUUAUAGCUGCCCCACUGGCUGUCACAACUGCUGAGGAAAUAUCAAAAAAGCCGCUGCAGUUCGCGGUGGAGCUGGUGAGGAAAGCCAAAGAGGAAGCAACGGAUGAGUACCUGAGAUCUUUGAUAGAUCUGAUGGUGAUGAGAGGUCGCCCCAUAUACGCGCCACGUAACAAUUACAUGGUGUCGGACUUGACGCAUGGGGGUUUCGAGCAAGUGGAUGUUGGGUGGGGCACGGCGGCGUAUGGUGGGAUCUCGAUAGGCGUAAGUGGGGCGACUUGGUACAUACCCUUUAAGAAUGGCAUAGUGGUUCCUGUUUCCCUACCGCUCAAAUCAAUGCAAGUCUUCCACAAACAGCUUCAGAUGAUGAUGGCUGCUGCUCGAACAACUUCAGCUUUGUAAUAAAUUAUAUCUACUGUUGUCUACACAUAUAUUUUAUUCUCUAAAUGUUGCUGGGAUGAAGUUCACACAAAUCCUGCUUAUCGAACUUCAUAAUAAUGUAUUGUUUUUCCUCAAUAAAUUUUAAGGACGAUUUAUAA